AUGGAAACUGAUCCAAUGAAUGUUACAUAAAAUCAGACAUAAACUAGACGUCAUUAUCCUAAAGAUGUUCAAGGUUUAAAAUCGGAAUGGUAUGGAAUUGAACAUCAUUUGUAAGAGAUUGGAUUAGACAUUUAGCGAAAUGAAAGGGAAAUUUUGAAUCUAAGAAAAAAAGAAUUAUUGACUGAAUUGGAUCGCAAAAUGCUUGAGUAAUUGUAGAUUAAGUAGAAGGAAUUAGAGUAGAAAUAUGAAGAUGCGCAAGAAAUGAAAAGGAGACAAUUGAAAUUCUAAGAGGAACAGAGAAAAUUCUUAGAAGAUAGGGCUAUAUUGCAAAAAGGCAUCUCUUCCAUCUAUGACAAAUAAAAAUAAGAUUCCUUAAUUAGAGAAAUGGAUAUGAGACAAUAAAAGUUAGAGUGGGAAUAGUAGGCUUUGGAAGAGAAUAGAAGGAGAAUGGAAUAGGAUUUCCUAUAGAGGAGAUUGCAGAAGGAGCAAUGGGCUAAAGAACAAGAUGCAGACUUGAAACUAUCUUAGUUAAGACAUAUGGAAGAAAGAGAGAGAUAUAGAAGUGAUUAAAUUGAAAUUCAGGAAUUAAAUAGAAGAAAUGCAGAAAAAGAAUUAAUCAAAGAGGAAAACUAUAAAAACUUUUACAGACUCUGCUCCCAAAAUUAAGCUUAAUUGUAGAAAAUGCAUAUUGACAAUGUUCUGUAGCCUUUGUUAGAGAGGUAAGCCUAAUUGGAGUCAUUGAUUGCUAAAAAUAUGGAUGCUUAUCAAAGAAAACUACUUCAAGAUGAAUUAGAUCGAGUAUUGAAGAGGCAAGAGGAGUGUAGAUCAACACUUAAUGUGAAUAAAAAGAUUUUGGAUGAAAGAGAGUAAGGAAAAUAUCAGGAGAAGAGUGUUAAAUAGGAGUUGAAUAAAUAAAGAUUAGAAGAUCUUUAAAAUUACAAUCAAUUCUUAGUUUAAAAGAAAGUUGAUUAAGUAGAAUAGCAAAGAUAAUACAAAGAAUAUUUAGAUCAGUAAAGAAUCGAAAAAGAGGAACAAAGACUGAAACAACUUAGAAUGGGAAGAUAAGAGAAAUCUAUGAAUAUGUUGGAUUUGCAGGCAUAUAAAAAUUAAGAUGCAUAACUAAAUGCGAAGAUUAUUGGAUGGUCACCAUAAGUUGGUUAAUUACCACCAAAAUAAGAUUAUUUAUUAAAAUAACAAUCUCUAACUUAAUUAAAGCAGGAUGAGAUGAAUACAAUUAACUAAAAUUUGAGUAAUGUUUCUUAAGUCAGUCGAGGACAGGCUUUAAGAGGAGCAGGAUAAAAUGCAAUUCAUUAGAAUCACAAUCCAGUUACAAAUCCUAUUCCAUUUAAUAAUCAGAAUCCUUACAUAUAGAAAUAAUAUGAGUAAAUGAUUAGACCAAGACCUUAUUGAAAUUUAUUCAUAUUCAAUAAUAAUGUUUCAUAUCAUAUACUCUA